AUGGUAGAUUCAUCCAUUGAAUUGAAUGACUUACCUGAUGAAAUUCUUAUGAUGAUUUUGAAAAAAUUACACAAUUCUGAUGUACUCUAUUCUUUAAUUGAUGCUAAUAAACGACUUGAUACAAUUGUAAAGGAUUCAAUUUUUACAAAUAAUUUAACAUUAACAACACCUUUUAAUGGUUUAAAUCAAUUUCCUGACACAAUAAUUGAUCGAUUUUGUCGUGAAAUUUUACCUAAAAUUAAUACUAGAAUUCAAUCGCUUAGUGUUGAAUCAUCAACUAUGGAACGUAUUCUACUUGCAACAAAUUAUCCUAAUUUACAUCGACUUGAUGGAAGUUAUUUAAUUCGUCUUUUCAAAAAUCAAAUUACAUCACUUGUUAUUUAUAUUAAAGAAUCUGAAGAACCAAAAGAUCAAGUGUUAUUUAUAGGUCUAUUUAUAUUUCGGCCAAUCUUGUCCAUGUUCAAUAAUUUACGAUAUUUAAAUUUCAGUUUAUCAUCUGAAAAGCCACAAUUAAGUUUUUGUACAUCACAUCCAGCUCCUAUCUCUUCAACUCUAUUAGAAUUGCGUGUUGUCGUAAAGUCGAUGAAAAAUUGUCUUUAUUUAAUUAGUGGUUGUUUUAGUCAACUUCAUACGUUCUAUGUUACGAUUUCACCUUCUCAUAAUGGUCUUAUAUGUCCAGAAAUCAAAAACAAAAGGAAAUUGCCCAAUUUAAAAUGCUUUUCGUUUUUCUAUGAUUCAGAGUUAUCCAUCAACUAUGAUGAUGUUGUUUCACUUGUACAACGAAUGUCAAAUUUAGAAGAACUUAAUUUAUUUUUUAUCAGUCGUUAUGGAUCAAUAAUUGAUGGUAAUAGUUUGGAAACGAAUAUUAUUAAUCAUUUAACAAAAUUAAACAAAUUCACAUUUAAUAUUCGUUCAAUUGUUCUUCUUAAAAAUCUAGUUAAUUUACCAUUAAAUGAUGAAAUUAAAAAUACAUUUAAAAAUUUUCGAAAUAAUCAAAUUAUUUCAACUGUUGAGUAUUUUUCUACAAUAAAUCAAGUUCAUUGUUAUAUUUAUUCAUAUCCAUAUAUAUGGACAUCUUAUUUUUAUAUAACAAAUCACUUUGCUGAUGGAUUAUUUAAAUGUGUUCGUCGAAUAUUUUUAACUGAUGAACGUCCCUUUGAACAUGAAUUUUUUCUUCGAAUUCAAAAUUCAUUUCCAUUUAUCGAAAAAUUAUGUUUAUUUAAUCGUGAGCCACAAAAGAAUGAUAGCCAACAAUGGUCAAUUAUACAAUAUUCUCAUCUUACUCAGCUUGAUCUUCGUUACAGUCACGAAAAUUAUGUCGAACAAUUUUUAAUUAAUACUAAAACUUGUUUAUUAAAUAAUGUUUCUCUUCAUGUCAAUUAUGAUAGUUUACGAAAAGCAACGGACAACUUUAAAAGAGAUACAACACGAGUUAAUUCUUUGAAAAUAAUCGAUUUAUAUUUAUACAAUGGAAGUUAUUUAAUUCGUCGAUUUCAAAAUCAAAUUUCAUCACUUUUUAUUAAUAUGAGACCGCAUGUACAACUAAGUGAUGGAUGGGGACAUCCACAGAAAAGAAAUAUAUUUAUAUUUAUUAAAUUCUGUACUCGAUUCAAGAAUUUACAAUGUUUAAAUUUCAGUUCAUCUUGUGAUUAUGAACAAUUAACAUUUACUAGCAUAGCUCCAACUGAAUUCUCUUCGAAUUUAUUAGAAUUACAUGUUGUAAUAAAAACUAUCAUAGAUUGUCUUUGUUUGCUUGAUGGUCAGUUCAAUCAACUGCAUACGCUUUAUGUUACGAUUCGUCCUCGUGGAUAUUGCGAGUGCCCACUGGUUCGAAACGAUACGAAACUGCCCAAUUUACAAUGCUUUUCGCUAAUCCAUGAAGGUCGAACAUCAAUGUAUGAUGAAAUAUUUGUUCCACUUUUACGUAGAAUGCCAAAUUUAGAAGAACUUAGUUUAUAUUUUGUCAGUACACGUGGAUCAAUUAUUGAUAGUGAUAAUUUGGAAAAAAAUAUUAUUAAUCAUAUGACAAGAUUGAAUAAAUUUACAUUUAAUAUUUGUUCAGCUAUUUGUCUUGAUCAGUUAGUUAAUUUAUCAUCAAAUGAAAAUAUUCAAAGUGCAUUUAGAAAUUUUCAAAAUAGUCAAAUUAUUUCAUUUGUUGAUUGUUUUUUAGAAUCAGACUUAUAUUAUUAUCAUAUUUAUACAUAUCCAUAUACAUGGAACUUUUUUAAUAAUAUAACAAAUAAUUUUCCUGGCGGAUUAUUUAAAUAUGUUCGUGAAAUAUCAUUACUUGAUGAACGUCCAUUUCAACAUGAAUUUUUUCUUCGAAUUGCUCA